ACAUACGCAGAAAAUAUGUCAUCAAAUCAAAACCGACAAUUUCUUACUUCAAUAAUUAAUAUGGAUCGGUUACUUGGAACACAACAUUCAAGAAGCGUUAAUCAAAGAAGGAGAAGAAGGGUGAAUCGACUUGGAUUAAAUACAUAUCAAAUACGUAAUGUUCUCACAAAUAAUCGAGACACGCUUGGUCGUAUCGUUAACCUUUCUACACAAACUUCAAGUGAUCUGUUGAUUAAUCAAUUUUACAAUGGGUCUUCGUUCAUUUAA